UUAUUUUAACUGACUUGCAUAGUUAAAUAUAAGUAAAUACAAUUGCAUCCGUUUCAAUGGGGGACUUUUAUUUUUCUAAGGCUAACUGCCGAUUACACAAUUGUUGCUCACGACACGCUGGUGGCGUUCAUUUGUUUCGCUAGUAGCCAAUUAUGUAUUUGAUAGUAGCCAGAGGAAGAAUGGAAAUGGCUUAGGUCGUCGAAGAACGUUGCUCAUGUUUUCAGAGUGAAAAAUGACUGGGAGAAGCCCGCACUAUGGUUUCCAGUCGGCCACGACGGUGCAGCCUGCCAAUGGAGGACACGCCUACCUAUUUGGGAACAGCUCUGAGAAUGAUCUCUCGGAGGAGGAUGGUGAGAGCUACGAGCUGCGCUCCCGAGGCCGGGACAGGCUGCGCAGGAGCACCUCCAGGGAGAAGUUGGACGACAUUGUCCACCUGGUCCGAGACAUCAAAGAAGGGGACACUCUGAAUAGCUUCUCGCUGCAGUACCACUGCUCAGUGGCGGACAUCAAGAGGGCCAACAACCUGUUGACAGAGCAGGACUUCUUUGCGCUGAGAUCCAUCAAGAUCCCUGUGAAACGCUUCAGCGUGCUGACAGAGACCCACAGCAUCGCGCCUCUCAAAUCUGCCUCCCCCACAGGCCUCCGACGUUUCCCCCAGCCCCCUAUCUCUACGGAGAUCUCCACAGACUCCUCCUCAUCCACAGACAGCGUGGGCAGCUUCCUGCAGGAGAAGGACAAAGACAUCGAGCUGCUAGUCAAGUCCACCGGCACCUCCAGAAGCAGCCUGAAUGAGGUGGUCUCCUCCCUGACCCUCCAGCAGCCCUUACUACUGGAGGAUUCUGACUUCAAGCCUGUCUUCAGGAAGGAUCCCUACCAUGGGGCGGACUGGGGCAUGAGGUGGUGGACGGCGGUGGCCAUCAUGGUGGUGGUUGUCAUUGUCACACCAGUGUUCUACCUGCUGUAUUAUGAGGUGCUGAUGAAGGCGGACGUUAGCCACCACACCACCAUGCCGUCGACCAAUCCUAAGGGCAUGCAGCAUGCCCAGAUUCCUGAGCCUGUGGAAGUCAAUGGAAAGCCUAACUCAGGACCUCAGGCUGGAAACAUACCCAAACCAAACUCACAGAGACACAAUGAGGUGGAUGACCACCCAGGCCCUAAGAAAGAGAAAACGUAGUGAGGGAUUUAGACAAACUGCAGGAGCUGGAGGUAUAUGAGCAGUUGUGAAAAAAGUGAUUAUCCAAGCUCUCUGAGAAUCACUUUAUAGGGAACAGAAUCCAUUGGGAAAUUAUGAUGAGGGGAAAAUGAGGACAAUCUGUUGAAUUGUUUCAGUGGACAUGCAGUAUGUACGUUUUUAAAACAUGUUUUUAAAGCAAGUUUGUUUUUGCACAGUGGGACCCAACUGCUUAUUCUGCCCCUGAUGGGACUAGUUCCACCAUAACACUGUCUGAAGUGUGGGGUUUGUUCUUGGUCAAAACAGUACUGAUUGCUGUCACUUAAAAUAAGUAAUUUAUCUGUGGAAUAUUAGUCUUAUUCCAACAUCAGUAUUGAAGUUAGUCUAAAAUGUGAUGCAAAUUUUCUUGAACAUUGUUUUGAUAUUUUUGCUUGUCUGGGAAGAACUGUGUUUGGAGUCCCACAACCUUCAUUUCUACUAAGGGUGACGAAACGGGAAAUGCACAAUGUUGCCCAACACUAGCUAGGUAUAUUCCAGUGAAAUGUUAUAUUUAUAAACUGGUUGCCAAUGUAAUUUAGAGCAGUAAAAAUACAUGUUUAGUCAUACCCGUGGUAUACGUCUGAUAUACUACAGCUUUCAGCCAAUCAGCAUUCAGGGCUCAAACCACCCAGUUUAUAAUGUAGUUUAUUUUCCUCAUCACUAGUGUUAUGAACAGUAUGUGCCUUCAACCUGUGGAACACUAUGGCUGCAUAGACACAGGCAGCCCAAUUAUUAUUUUUUUCCAAAUAUUGGUCCAAUUUAUGAAAAAAACUCCAGAAUUGGGCUGCUCGUGUAAAUGCAACCUUACAGGCUGAAAAGAAAGUCUAUUUUGAAUAAAUUAUUGAUGCUCAGA